CGGCGAAUUUUCCAACGCCAAUGAAUGCAUUUUUAAUAUUUUUCUCGACUUAAUUGCUUGCCUUCUGUACAAGCCUAACUGAGUUUAAUUUCUUUUCUUCGCGCUCCACGGAAGCAUUCUUCCCUAAACUUCCGAGUAUAGUUCUAAAAAUAAGUUAUUAACGUUUUGUUUGAUAGUCAAAUAUAAUAGUGUUGGCAUAUACGGCUUGUGAUAUCGUGUAGACCGCCCACACUUAACGACAGAACGCCGUGAAUUUACAAGUCAAAUUGCUCAUGUCUACGAUGAUUUCUCCUUCAAACAAAGCCGGAAAAUACAAAUCCCUGUCAUGCUAGGAUCAUAUGGUAUUUUAAGGGUAUUGCAUUUGAAAAGAAAUCUACUUUAUCUGUCUGAUUCGAUUGUGCCGUUUAUGGGAUUUUUUCGUUAUCUUCUUCGCUGAAGUCUGUUUGGGUUGAAUAUCGAGGUUGUUGGCAUAAAAAUAGCAAUAUGUCUAACUUUCUGACCACCCUUGACUUGAUCGUCAGUGAAUGUAAAGGUUUACCAGCCAAAGAUAUACUUGGCAGAAGUGAUCCAUACUGUCUCAUUAAAGUCGACAAUCAUGUCAUCGCAAGAACUGCAACGGUUUGGAAUUGUUUGGAGCCAUUUUGGGGCGAAGAGUAUUCCUUUAGUCUCUCAUCUCAUCACCUGCAAACCUUAUCUGUGUAUGUUUAUGAUGAGGAUGCUCAUUUCAGUGAUGAUGAUGUGAUUGGUAAGGUGACAUUUUCAAGAGACGAUAUGUUAUCCAUGAACCCGGCUGGUGGUGAGGUCUGGUACUCACUACGACAAGUUGAUAAUGCCUCCGAAGUUCAUGGCCAAUUGCAUCUAAAUAUUUUAGCAACAAAGCAUAGUGAACAACAAACCAAUAUUUCCGUAAAAGUUCUCGAAGCGAGAAAUCUGGGAAUGAAACAGAAAUAUGUAUCAGAUCCAUUUGUAAGAAUCAGUUUACGUCCAAAAGAAGAAGGCUCUAAUUAUCAUACAAGACGAAAAUCAGAAGGUGCUAGUGUGAGAGGACAAAAACGCACUAGCGUAAGAAAGACAAGCUGUCCAAUCUGGAAUUCUUCAUUUCAACUCAUUUGCACAACACCACUACAUGAACAGUAUAUUUGUGCCGAGGUUUAUGACAAGGAAAGAAUUGUACAAAAUUUUUUAAUUGGUGAGGUUCUGGUAGAUUUAGAUAGUAUUACAGUUGGCGAACAAGUGGACAAUUGGUAUACGUUAACUCCAAGGGAAAGUGGAAAAAUAAAAACAGAUGUUAAAAAGAAAGAUCUUGGCAAGAUACGUCUGAAUGUGCAAUUUUUUGAAGAGGAUAUUCUCCCCUGGGAUUGUUACAUUCCCUUCAUUAACCUCUUGGUAGAAACAGUCAAGAAACAACCCUAUGAACAGGUCAAUACGCUCAGCCUACUGGAACAGGUGAUGACUGCUGAUCGGACAGCUAUUGGACGAGCCCUUGUGAAGCUGUACCUUCAUCAGGGAAUGAUUGUGAAAUGUCUGGAUGCUUUAACCAUGUUUGAGGUUGUGAAUACAGAGACGCUAAAUACAUUGUUUCGUGGAAAUUCUUUGGCAACGAAAGCAGUUGAUGAAUUCAUGAAGGUGAUUGGUAUCCCGUAUUUAUUAGACACCUUAAAGCCAAUCAUUGACAAGAUUUAUAAAGAAAAGAGAUAUUGCGAGAUUGAUCCAAAUAAGAUUGAUCGUACAAUUCCAAGGAGGCUUAGUAUUUUUCAAAUGGAUGACAGCAGUAUUCAAGUGAAGAGUGUGGCCUAUCUAAAGAGCUAUCUCACCUCAAUAUUAAAUUCAAUACUCCAGUCAACUGAACGAUGUCCAUACGUAAUGAAGCAAGUGUUUUGUAAUCUCUACAACACUGCUGUGCAGCGGUUCACAGACAACGAAGAGAGUGGGAAAUACCUGGCAGUAAGUUCGUUCUUGUUUUUGCGGUUCUUUGUUCCUGCAGUGCUCAGUCCGAAGCUAUUUGGUGUAGCUGAACAUCACCCUGAACAAGUGGUCUCACGCACGUUGACACUUUUAGCUAAGGUGCUUCAAAGCAUUGGUAACUUCAAUCCUGGUAUUGUAAAAGAACCAUGGAUGUUGCCUUUUUCAGACUUUAUCAAAGAGUAUGCAUUGAAGUUGAAAAACUUUAUUGAUGAGUUGGUUAGCAUUCCAUUGAAUAACCACAAUUUAAUAGAGAAUGAUGAUUCAAACUGUGACACACCAUUAUUGAUAAAAGAAGGUCAAAUGAAAAAAUGCAAAAUGGGUGGUAAACUGGCCAAUGUCCAAUGGAAGAAAUAUAAUUUCACUUUAUUCAACGACAGCAUUCACUACAGCAAGAAAUAUGACUCACAGACUCGCAAAUUCCUCCUUGCCUCACGUAUCAUAGCUGUGGAGAAAGUUGAAGAUAGCGUCUUUGGAAAGUCAAAUGUUUUUCAGAUAAUUAUGGAUUAUCCUUCGGACGACGGCAGUCGAGAUAUUCAUUAUCUACUAGCAAAGGAUGUGAAGGAAAUGAACCAUUGGAUAUCAGCAAUUCGCAGAAUUCUUCCCUCUGAUGUUGGUGGUCCUCGCGAGAAAUGCAAAAGGUAUCAUCGUGGUAUUUUCAAUGGACAGUUUUGGAACUGCUGUAAACAUCGCUUACAGAAAGACCCUGGCUGUUCGCUGACACACAGCAUGGCCAGCCUCAAUGACUGGCAGGAUCCAGUGUUCCCUGAACAACAAGCACAAAUUAUUUAUAAACAAUUCUUACUUGGUCGAGAACGACUAAAGGAUUUACUUGUUGAAGAGUUGAGGGAACACAAUGAACUUUUAGACCUCUCCAAAGAUGAAAUACUCAACCGCAUUUCGGAGGAGAACAUGCGGGUGAAUAGCGACAGUGGUUGUGACACGGACAAUGACGAGGACAAAUUAUUGACAUGUGAUUUCCACAUGACCAGUACAUCCAGAACUAUAAUGAAUAUAUUGUCAAUAGUGAAUAUGUUGGAGACAAAACAAAGGGAAUAUUCUCUUGGUAGACAUGGUAAUAUGGAGAGAGGUGAGAGCUUUGAGUCAGAAGAUGAGGUGUUUUCGUGUCCUUUAACUCCCUCCAGUGAUUCACAAGUUCAGGAAAGCUUAAGUGAACUGGAGCUAACUGAUACCAGUGUCUCUCAGUGAGUUGCUCAGGAAGCAAAACAUCAGAAAUAUGUAUCACUGAACAAAUAAAAUAUAUAUCACAAAGAAACCAAUUGGUUUGGUUCAAAGGUACAGAAAAGAUGGUUGGCCUUUGUUAAAUCUUCAUCUCUAAAAAAUGGAAUGGAUUUGUUCCGAGAACCGUUGCCAGUAUCGAUCAAGCUGGUUUGUCAGGACUGGAUGUGUCAUUACAACACAGAAACACAAACAUGGAAAUGUCAAUGGAAAUACAAAAAGCAAUCUCACAUCUAAAUCCAGCAAUGUGCCAUCAUUACCUCCAACUGAUGACACUUAAGCACCUUGAUGUCAAAAUGAUCAGUUUUGCUCCUUUCAUAGAAAUAUAUCAUCCCAAUCACCUUCCUUCCUAUGGUAAGACUACUUUUGGCAGCACCAGAUGUUGUGUCAAGUUGUCCUUACCCCAUCAUGCAGAAAAAAUAGUACAAGUGUAAAUACUCCCCAUGCAUAUGCAGAACAUGUCAAAGAAAGUAUCCUUUUACUAUAAAGUGUAUUAUAGUGAUAGUACUACCACAC